UUCAGCGCGACAAAUUUCGAACUUUCUACGCAUGUCAAUGACGAUACGUAACCUCUUAUACAAGAUUUCAUUUGGAAAAUAUGCUUAUUUAACGUCGCCUCGCAUAAAAAGAACGGGCUGGACUACUGUAGCUUAAAGAAGACUUUCACCAAUCUGCUAAAGAUACUCUUUAAUUCGGGAAGCACAAAAACACGUUGGCGGACGAGUAGGAAUUUAGUUAUCAAGUUGUACAAGGGGAUUCGGGUACUGGAAGUUUAUGGAGGGGUGAAAGGAAAACCUGCCCUUUGAACUCAGCGUUCAGCGUUUCCGGUAGCAGAUGCAGCAGGGUGGCACUUCAUCUCUCACCUCUGACUGCUUCCCCCUCCGUAGCCGCAACACAGCUGCAUGUGGAAGUGAGACUUCAUCUGAACCGCAGAAACCUGAACCUGCAGAUCUCUCCAGGAUGAGAGCCAUCGCGAUCUUCUAUGGAUUCUACCUGCUGUGCUUUGUCCUGGGUGUGGCCUGUGUCGUGUGCGUGUGCGUGUGGAACAGUGCAUGGCGCGGCGGUUUUGCCUGGGACGGCUCAUCGCUUCAGUUCAACUGGCACCCUGUCCUGAUGGUGACGGGUCUGGUGGUGCUGUAUGGCAAUGGAGCCGUGUUGUACCGCAUCCCUCUGACAUGGGGUCAGAAUAAACUCCCAUGGAAGCUCCUUCAUGCGGCGCUGAUGCUCCUCGCCCUGGUGCUGUCAAUCGUGGGGCUCUGUGCUGUGUUUGACUUCCACAACGCCAAACACACAGCCAACCUGUACUCCUUACACAGCUGGAUUGGAAUCGCAGCUGUAGCUCUUUUCGCAGUGCAGUGGGUGGGGGGUAUGGCUGGCUUCCUCCUCCCAUGCUCCCCCAUAUCACUACGUAAACUCCUCAAACCCAUUCAUGUGUGGAUGGGAGGCAGCAUACUGGUGCUCAGCAUCGCCGCCUGCAUCUCUGGCAUCAACGAGAAACUCUUCUUUGUUCUGAAAGGAGUCAAUGGAACUAAGCUUUACACUGACCUUCCUCAUGAGGCUUUGUUGGGAAAUUCAUUAGGAGUUCUGAUCGUAGCCUUUGGCUUGGUUGUCCUCAAGAUUUUGUCCACACGAGAAUGGCAGAGACCAGAUUCCCGGCCUGAGGAUAUGGCCUACACGCCUUUGCUUCAAGAAGAAAAUGAAUGAAGGGGAACUUCAGAGCUGCUCCCUGAAUUACUCCAAAAUCAGUUCAGCUGUCGCAGAUCACGAGUGGCCAGAAAAUGUCUGUUCUGAAUGUAGAAGCAGCUGCCUGGAGCGUGCGAGCAUUAUCUGUUGGUUUUAGUUGUAAAUAUUUAUAGGAAAUUAUAUUUAAGAUUGCCUUUCUGCCCAAAGAAUGAAGAAUAAAGAAUGUUUUUCAUCAAAGCUGCAGCACCUUCCUCUUUUACUCUGUUUCUGUGGUGGACCACAGCUUUUACAACCUGCAGUAAAGCAGUCACUAGUUCCUGGUAUUGAAGGUUGUGGUAAUGUACUGUAAUUGGUUACUAGAUUCAGUUUCACUGAUGGGGAUGCUGAAUCGAUCAGGAUAGAUUGAUUGCUACUGGUAUUGAUUAGUAUUAUUAAGGAUGAAGUUGGCUGUAAU